UGUGCCGGGGCUACCAAUCAGGGUUGCCAAAUCCCCCAUUGCAAUCCACACACUGCCGGCCAAUUAGCAACAGCUUGCUGCAGACUGCACCGGUUUCCGCUCAGCCAUGCAUAAUGCACUCUCUGUAACCAAGGAUACUCAGUGUCAGGGAAGUAAAAGGUGUAUAGUGAGAGUCUGUGUGUAGUAAGGCAAGGGGGCUGUCACUGUGUGACACUAGAGCACUUGUACUACAACUCCCAGAAUCCCUGGCUAAACCUGCCAGCUGGAUAAUAACAUUACCCAGGAGAGAGCAUUUUUAUUGUUAGGUUUACUCAGGGCUCUGAUUCUAUAUAGAUAACGGGUCCAGGCUGUGCCCCCUGCAAAUGAUCAGGGAAUCUACUGCCCCAAAGGUCAGCACCAUGGGCUCCAUGUGGGAGGCAGCGACGGAUUUCUACUCUUGGGCUCUGCACAACGGAGACCCCCGCACUGACCCGUGGCUCCUAGUUUAUUCCCCGGUUCCAGUGAUUCUGAUCUUCGCUGUGUACCUUGUGCUUGUGGCCCUGGGGCCCCGGCUGAUGGACAAGCGGGAAGCCUUCACCCUGCGCUCUGUUCUACUUAUUUACAACCUGGCACUCGUCGGACUGUCGGCCUACAUGUUCUAUGAGUUCCUAGUGACGUCGGUGCUCGCAGGGUACAGCUAUUUGUGCCAGCCUGUGGAUUACACUGACAGCCAAUUGGGCCUACGGAUGGCGCGGGUUUGCUGGUGGUUCUUCUUCUCAAAGGUGAUUGAGCUGCUGGACACGAUAUUUUUCAUCAUGAGGAAGAAGUUUAACCAGAUCUCGUUCCUCCAUGUCUAUCACCAUGCAACUAUGAUCUUCAAUUGGUGGGCAGGGGUCAAGUAUGUUGCCGGUGGACAAGCUUUCUUCAUCGGCAUGCUGAACUCCUUCGUUCACAUCUUCAUGUACCUGUAUUACGGCCUGGCUGUGCUGGGGCCCAAGGUGCAGAAGUAUCUGUGGUGGAAACGCUACCUGACUUUGUUGCAGCUGACUCAGUUUGGAGCAAUCGCCCUACAUUCUGGCUACAACCUUGUGACAGACUGUCCAUUCCCUGAUGGCUUCAAUGCAGCUGUCUUUGCUUACAUUGUCAGCCUCAUCAUCCUCUUCCUUAAUUUCUACUACCAGACUUACUUGCGUCGGCCACGUGAGAAGAAGUUGUAAGGGAACAAGAUAUAUAACAAAUUGUCCUCCCACCCGUGAAGACCAGAAGGACCAACAAAACAUGUGAAGCUUUGGACAUGGGGGUGGGACAGAAUGAUAGAGAAACCAGACAGACAGAUGGUCAUCUAGUCCUCCAAUUCACUGAUGAAAUGGAUCAACAAUAUUGCUAUUUUUAGUAAACUCAGGGAAAAUUAAGAGUUUCUACUGAGCAGAGACUCCAUUUGCAUCAGUAUCUCAUGAGCUCAGAUUGAUUUCCAACAGGGGUCUUUGUACAAAACAGUUUUGGGAACCAGGUCUGAUUGCUCGGUCAACUCCUCAGGGAUCACCUUCCACAGGAGACACUUCUCAACACUGGGAAAUCCACUGAUCCAUACAUCUGGGCAUUCUAGAACCCAAGUGUGUCUCCUCAACUAUCUCCUCAGAGAUAACAAUCGAGGUUCCAGAACUCUUUGCCUGUGUUUCCCUUCUCAAGAACACAACCAGUCCACCAUAUACAUUGUUCCACAACUAUUUACUAUAUUCAAUGAUUCAAUGACGGUAAAAUAAAAAUUCACUCUACAAUUCAGAGGGAUCUAGAUAUAUUAAGCCAUAUCGUGGACUCUACACACAUUUCCACAUGGAACAAACCUAUGGUUUCCAUUUUAUACCAAACCAUCUAAAGCACAUAAUCCAACCUCCCAUACUUUAGAACUUCACCCCAACCUCAUGUAAUUUGCAACAAUUCUUUUUGCCUUUGACCCAUCAAAGGCCCGAUGACCUUCUCACAUCUGGUCUGUAGUGGCAUGUGUCUUAUCGAACCAAUUACAAACGAUUACCUUCUCCUCUACAUCCGUCGAUGGCCAAAAGCUUCUUACUGAUGAAAGAGAGUCUGAAUAAUAUAAUUCAUUAGAUGAUUAGAGAUACAACUAGAAGAACCCAUACCUCCAAAUCCUGUGAUUUUUGUGACCUAAUCUUGUUUCUCUAUGACAUUUGGGCUUUAUGACAUCAUUUUGAAUGGUCUUCCCCAUUUCUAAAUGGCCAGUUGUUUUCUUGUAGAUGUUUUGUUCCAGAAUUGCAGCUUUCACUCAGGAUAAUACUUGAAAGACAGUGGUCUCUUGCCUUCAGGGUCCAUUUAAUUGGUGCUUGACUUGUUUGAUGUUUAGAGGCACGGCAUAUUGGUUGCCUUCACCUCAGAGCUAUAAAUCCAAGAUGUCAAACCAGUUAUGUAUUUCUCAUGGCUGUAAUACAGGGAUCCCCAACCAGUGGCUCAGGGGCAACAUGUUGCUCCCCAACCCCUUGGAUGUUGCUCUCAGUGACCCCAAACCAGGGAGUUAUUUUUGAAUUCCUGACUUUGGGGCAAGUUUUGGUUGCACCAAGUGCACUGACAAAUCAAAUCUCUUGUAAGCUGAUAGUCCGCAUAAGGGCUACCAAAUAGCCAAUCACAACCCUUAUUUGGCACCCCCAGGAACUAUAGUUUAUGCUUGUGUUGCUCCCCGACUCAUUUUACAUUUGAGUGUGACUCGUGGGCAUAAAAGUUUGGGGAUCCCUGCUGUAAUACAAUGAAUAUUGUGGCAUACUGAUUGGUAGCCAUGUUGGUCAUGAAUACAACUUGGAAGGUUCAACCAUUAUAAAGGUGAAUAAAACAAAGCUUUCCACCAAUAA